AUUGCUUGGUCGUUUGUGGGCUGGCCCCCUGCGCAUCAAUUUUAUAAAUCAAGAGCCAUCGUAUUUAGAGGCAUUCACAUCGCCCUUUUACACCAGGACCAGAGGAGUUUCUGUCGGGAGUAAAAGAGCACUUGAUAACUGAACGAUGACACAGGCCGUGGUGACUAGCAUUUGUGCUUUAUUUUUGGUUCUUUCGCUAGCAGCAUUCACACAUUGUCAGGAUCCGUCCGACCAAAACCUUGACCUCCUCAGACAGAUUUUGGAAGGUGAUGUAGACAUCAUCACCAACCAAGACUUGUCUGACGAAGAGGAGGAGGGGCGCGAUGAUCUCUCAAUGCCGUAUCUUGAAAACGACACCCCUUCCUUUCAGAAACGGUUCUGUGGCUUUAGAGGCUGCAGGAGGCGUCGACGAUACAAACUGAGAGCGAGGCCACAGAAGCGACUGUUCUGUAAUUUUGGAGGUUGUUUUAGUGGAAAGAGAAGUGUGCAACAGUCUCCAAAGUUAAUGCUGCAGGAAUUAAUCAGAAGACAGUGAACGGGACGAAUCUCGCCAUUUCUUCAAUUAUUAGUACUUGUGACAUAUCUUCGUGUGUUUAUUUUUAUACAUUCAUGCUGAAUCAGAACCAACGCCUUUCUAUCGCCAAUAUCACGCUAACGACAGCCAAUUCUACAACAUUUACAAUUUAAUCUCAUGAUGCAAUUUCACAUUUUCGAACAUGGAUAAUAAAUUGUUUUUAUAUGAUUCAA